CACUAACAUGGCGGCCGGGCAGGGCGGCGGCGGCGGCGGGCUCGGGCUCCCCGCUCACCUCACCCUGUCCUACCCCACCGGGCCGUAUUGGGGCGCGGCCCCGCUGCCCCAGCCCCACACGGGGCGCAGCCUGGACCGGGCCCUGGAGGAGGCGGCCAGCUCGGGCAUCCUCUGCCUCAGCGGCAGGAAGCUCCGCGACUUCCCCGGCGGCGGCUACGACCUGAGCGACACCACGCAAGCAGAUCUUUCAAAGAACAGAUUUACUGAAAUUCCUCCAGAUGUCUGGCUGUUUGCACCACUUGAGACUUUAAAUUUGUAUCACAACUGCAUCAAAUCCAUUCCUGAAGCCAUCAAAAAUCUGCAGAUGUUAACAUAUCUUAAUAUUAGUCGAAAUCUUUUAGCAACAUUGCCAAAAUACCUGUUUGACCUGCCACUUAAAGUUUUGGUUGUCAGUAAUAAUAAGCUGGUAUCCAUUCCAGAAGAAAUUGGAAAGUUAAGAGACCUGAUGGAGUUGGAUAUCAGCUGCAAUGAGAUUCAAGUCCUUCCCCAGCAAAUAGGAAAACUCCAAUCACUUAGAGAAUUAAACAUUAGAAGAAAUAAUCUCCAUGUGUUGCCAGAUGAAUUGGGAGACCUUCCCUUGGUAAAGCUGGAUUUUUCUUGUAAUAAAAUUACAGAGAUCCCAAUUUGUUACAGGAAGUUACGUCAUUUACAAGUAAUAAUUUUGGAUAACAAUCCAAUGCAGAUACCUCCGGCACAGAUAUGUUUAAAGGGCAAAGUUCACAUAUUUAAAUUCCUCAGUAUUCAAGAAUGCCUCAGAAUAGAUAAAAAACCAGAUUCCUUAGAUCUUCCAUCACUGGGUAAAAGAAUCCCAUCCCAGCCACUCACAGACAGUAUGGAAGACUUUUAUCCCAAUAAAAAUCAUGGUCCUGACUCUGGCAUUGGCAGUGAUAAUGGGGAUAAAAGAUUAUCUACAACUGAACCGUCUGAUGAUGACACAAUCAGCCUUCACUCUCAGGUAUCAGAAUCGACGAGGGAACAGACGUUAAGGAAUGACAAUCAUUUAAUAGGAAGUAAAUUUGACUCACAUAAAGACCAGGAGGUAUAUGAUUACAUUGACCCUAACACAGAAGAUGCAGCUAUUCCUGAGCAAGGAGAUGUACAAAUGGGACCAUUUGUCUCUUAUGUUAAGGAACGAGGAAAACACCCUGAGAAAUUGCAGAAAAUAGAAGGGAAUGAUGAAUGGGAAGAUGAAAAAAGGCUUCAGAAAGAGCAGCUAUUGGCAGAGGAAUAUGAUGAAUUGAAAGAAGUGACUGACUUGAGAAAAAUAGCAGCUCAGCUACUGCAACAAGAGCAGAAAAACAGACGGAGACCAUUAACCUAUAGAACUUCAUUCAGUGAAAAACUCUUCCAGAGGACGAGGGCUGCAGGACGUGCAUCCAGGCUUCUUAAUCAUUCAACCUCAGUAAGCACAAGAAACAGGCCAAAGCAGACCGUGGAAUCUGAAAAAAGUGUCUCAACAGAUGAAACAAAUUCUCCAGUGUCUCCUUACAGAUGGCAGCCACUAGAGAAUCAAAAGGAUCUGACAGAUGAGCAGCACUGGCCAGAAACACAGCCUGUUAUUUGGCAGAAUGAAGAGAGGAGGAGGAGCAAACAAGUUAGAAAGGAAUAUUUCAAGUACAAGUCUUCCAGAAAGAGUUCAAGUGGAAAUGAAAAUGAUGAGCAAGACAGUGAUAAUACUAAUGUGUCCCCACAGUCUCCUGUAUCAUCUGAGGAUUAUGAAAGGACAGACAGUAACUCUCAUGGUCCGUUUGGUCUCAAACCUAGGUCAGCUUUCAGCCGUUCCUCUCGCCAGGACUCUGGAGUAGUGGACCCUGGAUUUACAAUGAGGAGGAAAAUGGAGCAUUUAAGGGAAGAAAGGGAACAAAUAAGACAUCUUCGCAAUAAUCUUGAAUCGAGGCUAAAGGUCAUUUUGCCAGAUGACAUUGGAGCAGCGUUGAUGGAUGGGGUUGUUCUUUGCCAUUUAGCCAACCACAUAAGGCCACGUUCUGUUGCAAGUAUUCAUGUACCAUCACCAGCAGUGCCUAAACUCAGUAUGGCAAAGUGCAGAAGAAAUGUUGAAAACUUUCUUGAUGCUUGUAAAAAAUUGGGCGUGCCACAGGAAAGGCUUUGCCUGCCUCAUCACAUUUUGGAGGAAAGGGGUCUAGUGAAAGUUGGUCUUACAGUUCAGGCUCUGCUUGAACUACCUUCAUCUAAAGCAUCCCAGCUUUCUUCUGUGUAACAUGACUUUUGGAAACCAGACAACUUAUCAUGGAUCUAUUGAUUUAGAUUGCCGCCAAGCAAUUCAGCUUCCUCAAUGGGAACAUCCAAGCCAUCAGAAGUAGUUUCUGCCCAGACACUUUAGACAGAGCCUUAUUUUGGAGGGACAUGUAAAACUUUGAUUUCUAACUGACUGUUACCUGAAUAUACAGUUAUACUGAUGUUUUAAAACUUGGAUGCGCAAGAGAUUUUUAACAACAUCAGAUUCUCUGUCCAGGUAAUAUAAGUUCCAAGUUUCCCAUUAAUGUUUCAUGAUAUUAUUAUUUUUAAAAGCUGGAUUUUUUUUUUACUACACUGAAAAUGUUUAGUUCUGUUUUAUAAAGGAUAACACACAGACACCCCCCCAAACAAAGCCCUACUAUAAAAAGUUCGGCAAUCAUUUGGGUUAAAUGUAAAGAUAAAACAAAAACCAGCUACAGUAUGAUAAUGAAAAUCUGAGUGACAGAUCACAUUUAAUCCAUUUUUGUUUCAUAUAGCUCUAUAUUUGAGUUCUUUAUUUCUUGCACUUCUGACUGUAAUUUAUAUACUUCUAACAUCUCCAGUAUUUAGUUGGAUGUAUGGUAUUUACACAAAACAUUAUAUAGGAAAAAGGUGUUUUUUCCAAUCUUCUAAGUUGUGCCAAACUAUUUUUUCAGUUGUAUGGUAGAUCGUUUACAUGUGAAGUGCCUGUGUAAUUGAUGACUCUUAAUAGUCUUAAAUGUUUUUGCAAUUUCUUUAUCUGAAAUAGAUACAAUGGGAAUUUUAAUAUUUUAAUAGUUUUUUGUAAGGUCAGUAAUAUGUGAAGAUUUAAACGAUGCUUCACAUUUUUUGUGUUAGGUGUUUUAAGUUGCACAAUUUAAUUGAUUAUGUUUAAUUGGAAAAUAAUGUAAAUACAUUUUAUUUAUGCUAUUUAAUUUGAUAAUACCCAAUCACUUCUCUUUUAAUGUAUUGUUAACAAAAAUUGUCACUUUUGAGUUAUUUUCCGUCUUUGAGACAAACCAUGACAUCCGUAGUUUAAAUAAGAAAUGUAUGGACUAGUGAUGCAUACAUAAUAAUCAUUAAGGAUGUUUUGAUAAAGCUGCCAAAAUCUCAGGUUUAUGCUGUGACUUUCAGGAUUUUACAUCAUGUUGUUCCUGAUUUUGCAUUAGUUUUUUUUUUUUUUUACAGUAACAAAUCACCACAAGUUAGAUUAAAAAAAAAUUCAAGCUAGGAAUCUGUAUAUUUUUCAGUGUUUACACGUUUGUUGAGAGGGACUUAUUUUGGAAAUAACCACCUGCAUGACAUACCGCAUCAUCACCGUACACCAAUGCUUCUCAUUUGCACCAGUGUCACCAAUUAUCAACAGUUAAGUCUGUGCUGAGAAUAUCGAACUCUCAGAGACAAAUGUUUAAAUCCCCGCAACAGAAGCUUUGUUGAACUUCUGGGUUGAAGUACUUGUUUGAUUGUACAGCUUUUCUGACUGAUAUUUUUCCCACAGUGUUCUGAGCUAUUUUAAGAUGGAUAGACAGUUGACUCCCUUUCUUUCUGUCUUUCCCUUUCUCCCAAACAAGUUUACCUUCUUAGUAAAUAUGUGUCUUAAUCAAAAAUGUUGGGCUCUGAAUAUGUCUCAGAUGUAUUUUUAGACUGUUAAUUUAGAUCAAGGGUAAAACCUUGUGUGCCAAAUGAUAUAAAAAAAAUUAAGUUGUUCUCUUUUGCCAAUUGACCUAAAGCUAUUUCAUUUCAUUUGGCAAAGGAAUGAGGAAGAAAAUAUUGCUUUAUUUCUUCCUUACUCUCUCUAAUUGAAGUAUUAAAGCCAGUUAAGAAGAAAAUUAAAAUCCCAAUGGCUAAAAGAUUUAGAAGAUAAAAUUAUUUUAAUAUUCUUUAACUAAAAUCCAUUGAAAUAAAAGUAAUUCAUAGGCUCUUGUUAACAUAUGCUAUUGUUUAUAGAGUGCAUUCUCAAAUACAGUUCAUGCCCUCCUUUACAAAAUCACAUACAUAAAAAUAUCAUUUAAACUCAUGCAGAAACUUUAAUUGGCUCAAUAUAAUGUUCGGCCCUUAAAAUAAGUAGUUUCAUUUAUCUUUCCUCUGAAUUAUCCUUUUUGUUGUUUAUCUUAAUUCAUAUUCAUAGGAGAGGUCCAUUCUAAAAAAAGAAUGAGUAAAUGUAUUCUCAUUUCACAUAAAUGCAAUAUCAGGGGGAAAAAAAUUUAGUUGAUUACAAUGAACAAGCACAUUUUAGUUCAGUAAGCAGAUUUUUGGUUGUUACUUUUGCUGUAUUUUAAUAGCUGAAGAAUUACCUGAUCAUUCAAAGAGGGAAAAUGUUCCAUAUUAAGAACUGUAUUAUCUUGCAGGUUUUUUAUACAUACCCUCCUGACCUCAAAAAUAGCAAUUCCUGUUCCAGUAGUGUUAACCAUAAACUUGCUGGUGGCAAAGACAUUAAGUUUCAGAGUUUUGUAACCAUAGUCUGUUGGAUAAUACAAGUGUUUGUUGGACUGUUUUUAAAUACAUUCAACAGUCCUGAACGACACUUCAGUUUUCCUGAUGGAAUUAAGUUUCCUCUGUAAAGUUUGCUGAAUACAGUACAGUCCUCACUUAAGACCACUUCUAGUCACUUAGUUUUCGUUUAUCCCUUGUGAAGUAUUGCAAUAUGUCAAGAGAAGAUUACAUUCUGACUUAAAAUUUUAACACUAAGUCUAGCUGUCAGUAUAGUACACUAGUUUCACUUAAAAAUAAAUAAAUAAAAGUUAGCACAGUUUUCCCUAAAUAGCUUAAAAUAGUUGGACAGAUUUAUUUGGGCAUAAGAUUUUGUGGAUUAAAAAACCCACUUCUUCAGAUGCAUGACUCCAUAAAUCUGAAGAAGUGCUUUUUUUACCCACGAAAGCACCUCCUGUGCAGGGAUCCAGAGGGAAAAACAGCCUGAUGCCAGGUGCCAGGCUUGUACGGUGUUUCCUCCUUCAGGGCAUGCUGGGAACCACAACUGCCCAGAACCCUCUUUCUCCCCCCAGCAAUGUAUUUGCAAGCUAAAGAGCUGGACUUUGCUGGCCCCUAGUGGUAGCCAGCAGCUCUGCAGCACCAAUUCUGCAGGGGAAAAAGGAAAUUCUGCCCAGAAUGUGAAUUCUGCACAAAUUCUGCAUUGUGCAAUGGUGCAGAAUUCCCACAGGAGUAGUAGCAUCUGCAGAAGAGACUGAAAAAGGAGUUAAUACGGCUCCACGUUUUAAGGAAUGAAGAAACAGUACCUCCAAUCUGAAAAUAGGGGAGGCAUUGCUGUCUACAACACAUCUCUUUCCUCCACCUCAGAAUUCAAAAUAAACCCCAACUGCAGCUUUGGAGAGUAAGGGAAGGCAGGGUUCCUUAGGUCAAUAUUGAAUGAAUAUUAGAUUUCCAUGCAGAAAUCAGGAUGCAGUGUGUCAGGGCCUGGCAAUUCCCUUGUGUUAGCCCAGCCCACUUGGUGGAAGUAGCAGUCCCUCUCUCCUCCCAUGUACAGACAAGGGGAAAGCAGCAUGUAGAAGGAUGCUCCUAGCUGGUGGAAUUAACUAAUAUUGCAUGUUUAGAGUGCUGUUUCUAAAUAUCUUUAAUCAUAAGAAGCCAUCAUCAAUCCUUCUAUUAUCUAUUUCUAUUGCUAACCACAUCUGUUUACAGACCCACUAACUUCACACACUCAUGCUCCCAGUAGUCUGUCUUCCCCCUUACUUUUCCAUGUGGGAAACUGCCUCAGGGCUCUGCACUGGGGCAUCAAAUGGAGUGAAGAGAUCCCAACAUCCUGCACAUUUGAAACAGUGUUUCCGUUUUGUGUAGGACCUUCUCUGGCUACUCAGAUUGGGCCCUUUUUGGCGGGGGCUUCAGAGAACUCAGCAUUGGCUUGACUUGAACAGGAAUAGUUAUGCUAACAGUAAGAGCUUUAGGAAAUCUCACUCAUUGCCUUUGGAUGAUUUAACUAUCAUAGGAGUUACUCACGUGAUGAUUAUUGAGCAUUCAAAGCUGAGUUACCCCAAGAUAAUUAAAAAUGCAUCUUAUAGUUUUAUAAUAUGUGUCUGAACAUAUCAAUAUGUUUUCUUUGGCCCCAUAAGUUUCUUCUUUUCCCCCAAAGAUUGGCAGGAUGUUUGGAUGGCUCCAAUGUCUCAUGUAAGAAUGUUUUGUUCUUUAAGGAAUAAGAUAUUUCAGCUAAGGCAUUUCUAGGUGAUUCAUUGCGCUACUUAAAACAUGCUAUAAAAUGCUUAGUUCAAGG